AUGUACUUGCCUCUAAAAAUUGUGGAGUUCGCCACGCUACUAAAUACAUUACACGUUAUCUUCGCGUUGACCACCGUCGAAAAACCGCAUGCCACCACCCGGGACGGGUCUACCCAGACGGAGUGGAACUUCGGUCGACGCGACUUCGGAUCGCAGACGGCACCGAAGUGUUCCAACGUAGUGGUUCAAACCACCGACGUUGGAGUUCAAACCACAGACGGUUCAAUAAGAACGGAAAUAUUUACUCCCGUGCCCUAUUCAGUCAUCUCAGUUGCCGUACCGCCCCUAGAGCCAGUCACCAGCCCCACAGACCCGAGGACAACGGAGAAGCCGAAGAUCAAUACUUUGAUCGCGACGUUAAAAUAUUGGAAGAGACGAUACUCCUUGUUCUCGAGGUUCGAUGAAGGCGUUGUGUUGGACGAAGUUUCUUUUCUGUGUGCCCCGAAAUACUCGCGGCACACAUGGCGUCAAGAUGCUCGUUUAACACAGUCGUCGACCCUUUUUGUGGUGCUGGUGGCAAUGCCAUAUAGCUCUGACGUGUCACCGUGGUAAGAUCUACGUUUUUUUUUUAAUGGUUUUAAAUAUUUAAUAUAACAUUUCUAUAAAUACAUUAUAUAUAAAAUACACAUAAAAUAUAUAUUAUAUAUUUUAUACAUAUAAAAUCCAAAUACCACUGACUGACUGAUAGCUGUAUCUCAAAAACUACGCAACGUACGGACUUGAAAUUUGGAAUAUAGGUUCUUCUCAUAUUUUCACCGUGCAAUAUGAAAGGAUUUUUCGAAAAUCGCAUAUUUAAGGGUCGACACUGUUUUGGACUGAUUGCAUAUAUUUUUAAAUUUUUUGUUACCAAGG